GAAGUUUUGAAAUAUCUACCUUCUCCUAUAAUUUGCAAGUUGUUCCAGCAGACAACGAAGUUUUCUGGCCAUAGCAAGUGCCAAGGAUCACAUCCAUCUAAGGGUCCGAGGAGCAGUUCGAUAGGUGUUCAACUAAGUUUUUGUCCAAAGCUACACAUUCCAAGAUGUCAACGAAAGUUAAAUCAACUCCAAUCGGCAUUGAUCUUGGAACAACUUACUCGUGUGUUGCUGUCUGGUUUGAUCAACAUAACCGUGUUGAGAUCCUUCCUAAUGAGCAGGGUAAUACCAUUACCCCAUCAUGUGUGGCAUGUAAUGACGGCCAAGUUUUAGUAGGUGAGGGUGCUAAAAAUCAGAUUACUAGGAAUCCCAUUAACACUGUUUUCGGUGUCAAACGUUUAAUGGGGAGUAGAUUCAGUGAUAUCAAAUUGCAGAAAGAGUUAGUAUCAUGGCCAUUUAAGGUAAUCGAAGGAUCUACAGAUAAAACAAUUAUUGUACUUGAACAUAUGGGUGCAAACAAGGAAUUUUCACCCGAAGAAAUAUCUUCUAUGAUUUUAAAGAACUUAAAAGAGGCGGCUGAGGCAUACCUUGGAACAACAGUUAGAGAUGCAGUUAUUACGGUCCCUGCAUAUUUCAGUGACAAGCAACGACAGGCAACACACAUUGCUGGUACACUAGCAGGCCUCAAUAUCCUGCGCCUAAUCAACGAGCCCACAGCAGCUGCAAUUGCCUAUGGUCUAGACACGUUUGCUAACCCAAAUCACCCAAAACAGAAAAACGUGUUCGUCUUUGAUUUGGGUGGGGGAACAUUUGAUGUGUCACUUCUCACAAUCAGCAGGGAAGGAACCAUAAGUGUUAAAGCAGUUGGGGGUGACACUCAUUUGGGAGGAGAAGAUUUUGAUAAGGCAAUGGUUGAUCAUUGUGUACAAGAAUUUAAGAAAAAACAUAAGAAAGAUAUGAAUAUAAAUGCUAGAGCAAUAGGGAGGUUAAAAGUUGCAUGUGAGAAAGCAAAGAGAGAUUUAUCCUCAACAACUCAAACUUCUAUUGAAAUUGAUUGCUUCUAUGACGGAAUUGAUUUUUCAAUGAAGGUCACUCGAGCGAAGUUUGAGGAGUUAAAUGCUAGUUUUUUCAAGAAGUGUAUUCUGCAUGUGGAAAAUUGUUUAAGAGAUGGGAAUGUGCACAAACAUAAUGUGGAUGAUAUAGUCCUUGUUGGUGGAUCGACUAGGAUUCCCAAGGUGCAACAAAUGUUAGGGGAAUUUUUUGACUGGAAACCACUUUGCAAGACCAUUAAUGCAGAUGAAGCUGUCGCUUAUGGUGCAGCAGUGUUGGCUGCAAACUUAAGUGGUAAGGGCAAUAAAGCUGUGAAGGAUAUGACACUUUUAGAUGUGACUCCUUUGUCCCUUGGUACCAGCAUCAAAGUAGAUAUUAUGAGUGUCAUAAUCCCACGGAACACACCAGUACCCACCAUAAAGGAGCACGAAUAUGUGACAGCUAAUGACAACCAAAAAAGCUUCCUAAUUGAUGUAUAUCAAGGUGAGUGUGGCAAAGUGAAAGACAACAUCUUCCUUGAUAAAUUCACUCUUCAUGGCGUCCCACCAGGCCCUGCAAGAAAAGAAAUGGUGAAGGUCCGCUUUAGCAUUGAUGCCAAUGGUAUUCUUGAUGUCUCAGCUGAGUUGGUAUCUACUGGGAAUACAAGAAGUAUGGUAAUCACUAGGAGUGGAAAUGUGUCCAAGGAUGACAUCGAGAAGAUGCUGAAGAAGGUUAAACUAUGAACUCUUAUUUCUACUUUCAAUAAGUUUAUGAACUCUUAUUUCUACUUUCAAUAAGUUUAUGAAAUCUUAUUUCUACUUCCAAUAAGUUUGUAUCGUUUGUUUUCAAUGCCAGUUCUAUUAUAUGUUGUUUUAAUUGAUGGGAGUUUAAGCAAUGAAACCUUUCUGGUUCUUGGAAA